AUGGGCAGAAUCGAAUCUAAUAUAUCCCAAAAUUCCCAUUUCAGUCCCUUAAAUCCUCAAGAGUUCAGAAAACAAGCCCAUGAAAUGGUAGAUUUCAUCGCCGAUUACUUUCAAAAUAUCGAAACCUACCCUGUUUUAAGCCAAGUUCAACCAGGGUAUCUCCAGGCUAAAUUGCCGGAGAACCCACCGGAUCUACCGGAACCCUUUGAAACGAUCAUGAAAGACGUUCAAAAGCAGAUAAUCCCCGGGAUGACUCACUGGCUGAGCCCUAAUUUCUUUGCAUUUUUUCCUUCAACUGUUAGCACAGCUGGUUUCCUCGGUGAAAUGCUUUGCACUUGCUUCAACUCCGUCGGGUUUAAUUGGUUAGCUUCUCCGGCGGCGACGGAGCUCGAAAUGACGGUCAUAGACUGGUUGGCGGGCAUGCUGAAGCUGCCGGAGUCGUUCACGUUUAAAGGCAGCGGAGGCGGCGUUAUCCAAAACACCACCAGCGAAGCUAUACUCGUGACACUCAUUGCAGCUAGGGACAAAGCUCUUACCGUCGUCGAAACCGACGAUGUUAACAAGCUCGUCGUUUAUGCUUCUGACCAAACACAUUCGACGUUCACUAAAGCUUGUAAGAUCGCUGGCAUUUCAGCUAGAAACAUAAGGUCGAUUCCGACGACGCUCACCGGUGGGUUCUCUUUAUCUCCUUUUGAACUCCGGAAGGCCGUCGAAGCUGACUUGGCAGUCGGUUUGGUGCCGGUUUAUCUUUGUUUGAACCUCGGGACGACUUCGACCACGGCGGUUGAUCCGAUAGAGCCGCUGGCUCGCGUGGCGAAAGAGCACGGAAUGUGGGUACACGUGGAUGCUGCCUACGCGGGGAGUGCAUGCAUAUGCCCGGAGUUCCGGCAUCACCUGAACGGGAUAGAGCGAGUUGACUCUCUGAGUUUGAGUCCCCACAAGUGGCUACUCAGUUUCCUGGAUUGUUGCUGCUUGUGGGUCCAAAACCCGAAUGCGAUCGUCAAAGCUCUGAGCACCAACCCGGAAUACUUGAGAAACAAACAGAGCGAAGCAGAUUCCGUCGUCGAUUUCAAGGACUGGCAACUCGGAACAGGCCGGCGGUUCAAAUCGCUGCGUUUAUGGCUCAUUUUCCGAUCCUACGGCGUCGUCAACCUCCAAGCUCAUAUCCGGUCCGACGUACGGAUGGCCAAGAUGUUCGAAGGAUUCGUAAGAUCCGACCCGAGGUUCGAAAUCGUGGUGCCGAGGCAGUUCGGGCUGGUGUGUUUCCGGAUGAACCCGAAUGAAAAUUACGGGUCGGAUUACACCGAGAUGUUGAACCGCAAGUUGUUGGAUUGGAUCAAUUCGACGGGUCGGGUUUAUAUGACCCAUACGAAAGUCGGUGGGGUAUACGUAUUGAGGUUUGCGGUGGGGGCCACGUUGACAGAUGAGCGCCACGUGAUUGCCGCGUGGAAGUUGAUCAAAGAAGGAGCUGAUGCGUUGCUGAGGACAACUGUGUGCGCUUUUACUGCUUUAUGAUUUGGAAAAUAAUUU